CGGCGGACACACACAAGAUGGCGGCGGCGGCGGGAAGAGGAAGCGGCGGCCCGCCCUGACAGCCCGUUACCCCGCCGCCAUGUUGGUGAGGGCGGGCCUGCCCGGCCUGCGGCGGCUGUGGGGGCGCGGAGUGGGGAGCGGGGCCGGGACCGGGGCCGGGGCUGCCGCCGCCGCCUGGUGCUUCCCGGCGGGCCGAGCGCUGCUGAGCGUGCGGGGCGCCGAGGCCGCCAUCUUCCUGCAGGGGCUGCUCACCAAUGACGUCACGCGGCUGGCGGGGGCGGGGCCGGGGGAGGGCGCCGUGCCCCCCCUACCGCGCGCGCUCUACGCGCAUGCGCUCAACGUGCAGGGCCGCUGCCUCUACGACCUCGUCCUCUACAGGCUUCACGAGAGUCCAGAAGAAGAGCCACACAUCCUGCUGGAGUGUGACAGCAGCGUGCUGGAUGCCAUACAGAAACAUCUGAAACUGUACAAGAUCCGGAGGAAAGUAAACAUCGUCCCUUGCCUUGACCUUUCUUUGUGGGCCGUCUUCCCUGGGGAGCAGGCUGGAGAUAUCGCUGGUUCCCUCGCACAAUGUGCAGACCAGGCUCUGGUUUUAACUCCUGACCCCAGGACAGAAGUCAUGGGGUGGAGACUGGUUACAAAGAAAGGAGCAAAUCUGACAGAGGUCAUCCCUGGAAGUCGUAUCGGGAGCAUUCAGGAUUACCACAGGCACAGGUAUAAGCAAGGAAUUCCUGAAGGUGUGAAAGAUCUCCCUCCUGGAGUAGCCCUCCCACUGGAAUCCAACCUGGCCUUCAUGAAUGGCGUCAGCUUUACCAAAGGCUGCUAUGUGGGACAGGAGUUAACAGCCAGGACCCACCACAUGGGUGUCAUUCGCAAGCGUCUGGUGCCAGUGCAGUUUUCAGUUCCUCUUCCCCAGGAGAGCAUUCCCGAGGGUGCCGAGAUCUUGACUGAAUCGGGAAAGUCAGCUGGCAAGUUCCGGGCUGGAGGAGAUGAACUCGGCAUAGCUUUGCUGAGGCUGGCUAAUAUAAACGAACCACUCUGCCUAAACGUAGCGGGUGAUAAGGUGAAGCUCACCGCAAGUAUCCCUGAGUGGUGGCCAAAAACUGCUAGCAAAUAAAUGAGGAGCCGCCACUUGCA